AUGGCGGAACCUCCUUGUUUAGAAACAUCAGAGCCCUCCACCCAAACCCCUCUCCUUGAUGUAGAGGCAUCCCAGGAACCAGAAGAAGAAGAAGAAAGGGAUACCCAUCUUGAUCAAACCCUCCAACGGUUAGAAACUUUCCUCUGUUUCUUCGGUUUCCACCAGUCCUCUGUACUGGGUUUUCUUCUGUCUUGGUUUACUUUCCUUCUUCUGGGUGUUUCACUCCCUGUACUGAUACUCGAGCUCUCCGACUGUUCCGGCUGCGAGAAUUAUCAGAUCUUCAAUUUCGAGCUCGAUGCCAUCGUUGCUCAGUCUUGUCUUGCCGCAGUUUCUCUGGCCUGUGCUUCUCACAACCUCCGUAAGUAUGGCAUUCGGGAAUUCCUCUUUGUUGACCGUUAUCACGGCCAUAUGCUCCGAUUUCGCAAGGAUUACAUUGACAAGAUCGAGGGUUUCUUCCGGUUGCUUGUUUUAUGGAUAUUGCCGUGCUUCAUUCUGAAGACUGUACGUGAAGUCAUCCGCACCACAUAUGUACAUCAUGCCUCCUGGUGGCGAACUACUGCUAUUUUGUUAGCUUUGAUUCUCUCAUGGAUUUAUUUGACUACAAUAUCUUUUUCUGCCUGUGUUUUGUUCAAUUUGGUGUGCAAUCUGCAAGUCAUCCACUUUGAUGAUUAUGCAAAGCUUCUGGAAAGGGAUUCCAAUGUUUCACUAUUUAUCAAGGAGCACAUUCGACUAAGAUUUUAUCUCUCUAAAAUAAGUCAUAGGUUCCGGAUUUAUCUUCUUCUGGUAUUCUUGGUUGUGACGGCAAGUCAGUUUGUAUUCCUCUUCCAGACCACAGGAUAUAAAGGAACCAAUACUUUCAUCAAUGGUGGUGAUCUUGUGGUCUCAUCAAUUGUUCAGGUUGUUGGCAUAUAUUUCUGCUUGCAUGGAGCGGCAAAGAUUUCCCACAGAGCUCAAGGCAUCGCAUCAGUUGCAUGUCGGUGGCAUGCUUUAAUAUCCUGUUGUUCUACUGAUGCUCCUCAAUUGAUAGUCUCAAAUGGUGCGGGAAACUUGGUGGCUUGGAAUCCAGUGGGUUCAUUGCCUUUCAAUUUCUCGGAAAGUGAUUUAGAGUCCCUGGAUUCUGUUGAAUUUACCAUAAAUACCCAAUUCGCAUCCUACAUGUCCACAUACCAUAAAAGACAAGCUUUUGUAAUGUAUUUGCAGUCCAAUCCUGGUGGCGUCACCAUCUUUGGGUGGACGGUGGAUCGGACGCUGAUCACCACAAUUUUCUUUAUUGAACUAUCACUGGUUCUUUUUGUACUUGGAAAGACCAUGGUUUUGUAAGAGAUGAACAGACAUUAAACCGGCGAAGAUGAUCUUAUUAUGAUAUAUUCAACACACAUGG